AUGCUUUCACGCGAGAAAGUGCCAUCAUCAAUCUCGCUAGUCACGUCAAGUGGUGCCACAGUUUUGGUCAACGGAUCGCCGGAAAAUAUCGUUUUGAAGCCUUACCAGAUAAAAUCUAUCAACACUACCAGAGAAUUGUUCGUAAUCUUUCCAAGAAGAAGUGUUCCUGGCGCAAAGUUUGCUGUUUAUUCGCACGACAAAAGGUUUUCUACAGGCUCCAAUUGUUGGAAGUGUGGUAUGAAAAUUCUAGAUAGAUUUUCCAUAAACAACAAUAAAAACAGCACUGAAAUUAAUGUCGGCAAAGUAAAUGCAAACGACAUGAAAAAUGAACCUAAUACUGUAAACGACGAUAUUAAUAAUGGUAACUGGUGUUGGGUUGUAUCGAAGAAUUACAAGCCCGUUGUAGUAAGCGAUAAUGAUGACUUUUUAUUAUCAUUGAAGAUAACUCCAGAUACAGUUGUCGUCAGGUCCAAUUACAGAGCGUGUUACUGUCAAGUGGCAAGCAAUGAAGAUGAAGAAAAUUUUAACGAUAACUCUGAAACACCAUCAGUUCAAAUUCCAAGCAACGAAUUAGCGAAUUAUCAAAAUUUAGAAAAACGUAAAAGGAUAAAACAACUGAUGGAAUCUUUGAAACAGCUGGAAAAGCAGGCCAUCGUGUUGGAAAACAUCGUACUAUCAACUGCUGUUAAACAAAUUUUUCUAACUUAUUCUAUGAAAUACAAUGAAAAUUUUGAAUGGGUUACUGACUAUAUGACUCGAUUCGAAGAAAAGUUUCUAGAGAAGCAGACGUUCUUGAAUGAAAAAAGCCUGUCAAAGAACUUCAAAACUUUAGUGAAGAGACAAACUGAUGAUGAGCACAAUAAACUGGAGACCUUGAUCAGAGUGGAACAAGAAAAAGCCAAAGCCAUGGAAACAAUAAGACGAAGAGACGAGGCCGAUAUUGAGUAUGAAAACCAAAAAGGGCUAUGUUACAGACCAUACGCUUUCAAGCAAAAAUGGAGAAGAGAACAUGAAGCUGACGAAGGAUUUAAUGAUUGGAAAUGA